AUGAGUGGAGCCCAAGUCAUCAACGUCGAUCCCUACGGACCGAGUACAGAAUUCGUGAGCGUGCAUCGCCGUCGGUUGAUUACCCAAAUCCUCAAGGCGAUACGCAGGGAUAAAGUAUCCGAGGGCCAUGGCCGCGGAAAGUUCCAGUUCCCUUCGGCCACCUGGUUCUCUCUGUGGCUCUCCGACAUGGAUUGCUUGGAGGAGGUUGCAACCGCGUUUGACCAGAACCCAAGAAGGGUCUCAGGUCUUUACACAAUGACGGGGUCAUUCGGCCGGUGGCCUUGGUUUCCGAAUUUGCCGGCUGCCCCCGAGUCUUCGCCGAAACGCCACAGGCUUGAAGAUACACCUGAUUACAACUGCAAGAUUACCAUGCACAGAGAUGUGCGUGUUAGCCAACUGCAACAACCAUGA